AUGUCUAUUUAUCUAUCUCAGUCAGUUUGUAUCUAUCUAUCUAUCUAUCUAUAUAUAUAUAUAUAUAUGUUCAUAUCUAUCUUUUUAUGUCUCAGUCUUUAUCUAUCUCAGACUGUUAAUGUCUAUGUCAGUCUAUUCAUAUCUAUCUAUCGCAGUCUGUUCAUAUCUAUCUGUGUAUUUAUCUCUCUAUGUAUCUAUCUCAAUCUGUUAAUAUCUAUCUAUCUAUCUAUCUAUCUGUUUAUGUCUAAGUCUUUAUCUAUCUAUCUAUCUUUCUAUCUAUCUCGUUCUGUUCAUAUCUAUCUAUCUAUCUAUCUUUCUACCUAUUCCAGUCUAUUCAUAUCUAUCUAUGUCAGUCUUUGUUCUCCAUUGGUCAACGUCACAUCUUGCUAUCGUUACUUCUGUUCAAUAUCCCAAAUCCUCAUAAAUAUGGUACUUUUAUCAUCUGUUUCGUUUUGUUGCUUCUAUUUAUUUCCAUGUUUCUUUUCUUCAUGA